GCCAGCCUGAGCAGCCUCUUCAACGAGCAAACGGAAACGAGCAAACGCGAGUGAACUAACGCGACGACGUACAAUGUCCCAGGAAAUAUCCUGGCUGCUGUCUCUCAAUUAGAAGCGCACAAAGUCAUUCAAGAUGGUGUUAGAAAGUAUCUCUAGGAUUAUCAAAAUACAACUUCCAGCCUACCUCAAGAAACUGCCUCUUCCGGAAACAAUCGGCGGCUUUGCGAGACUCACAGUUUCAGAGUGGCUCCGGCUCCUACCGUUAUUGGGCAUUUUGUCUCUGUUGGGUUAUCUGACCAUCCGACCCUUCCUUCCCAAGAAGAAAAAGCAAAGAGACAGUCUAAUAAAUCUGAAGAUCCAAAAAGAAAACCCUAAAGUGGUCAAUGAGAUCGACAUAGAGGACCUGAGGACUCCAAAUGUUUGCUACUGCCGCUGCUGGCGAUCUAAAACGUUUCCUGUUUGCGAUAAGUCACACAUAAAGCAUAACGAGCUGACAGGAGACAACGUUGGUCCACUUAUUCUUAAGAAGAAGACUCUGUAGCCCUCCUGCUUUGGCCCAUAUUAAAAUGGAGCGUUUUUCCACUGAAAAACCUA